UUUAAAGUCAUGCCAACCACCAACCCAUUUUUAAAAUUUCUACAGAAGUUUAGAGCUGAAAAUCGUCAUCUCAGCAGUGUAGAAAUAGCCAAGCGUGGUGGAGCUAAGUGGCGUAAGAUGAGUGCUAAGGAAAAACUCAAAUAUGCACCGUCUGGUUCAGGACGUUUGUCACGCAUCGCACGUCAAUCCCGUGUUAAUCGUAGUAAUACACUUCGAAUUAAGAAACACCUUACCAGUCGCAUAUCUGCCAAAAAGAAACCAAGAAAACAACGGCGUGUUCAGUCAAAAGUAAAGAUACAUCCGUUGCACCUGAAACACUCCAGCAAACGCUCAACCACAUGGUUAGGCGCCAUGUGGGACCAACUUAUGCGUAUCUUCUCUUGGAACGAGGAGAAUACAGAGGAGACUUAACUAAACGAUAUACAUCUUUUUUAUUUUUAUAUAACAGACUACACUUACACAGAUGGUUCUUCCAACAACACUAAUACACUCUCCUACUCCUCCUACGCUCCUACUACUACCCAACCAACUAUAUUCAAUUACCUUCUCUAAGUACAACACCUGGAAUGACGGAUGCAAUCAAACUUGUUACUGUAAUUUAUAGAAAUGAGUUAACUAACCGAAUAACCCAUUGAUUUAGUGACAUUAUGUUAAAAGUAUUUAUAGUCAUUAUAUAUCUUAGAAAAGUGUACCAAUGAAUUUACUGAAGCUACCAAAUGCUCCUGAACUUUCUGUCUGACUGAAUCAACCAAUACUAUUUAUAAAGUUACUUUACGUCCUGAGAUUUUUUACCACCGAAAAACCACAAAAACUAAUGUAUUUUUAAAAAACUUCUAUUAACGCUGGAUAAUUAAGUUAACAAACCGAAC